AUCGCCCUGCUCACGCCCGCCCCGCCCCGCCCCCCCCGUUGCCCUUUGACCUCCAUGCCGGGCGUUGCUUCGCGGAGCCGCUGCUACGUGUAAUAAUCACAGGGAGGAAGGGGCCAAGAUGGCUGAGAAGAAACCAAACGCCAACUUGCUCUUCUCGUCCGACACCGACUUCAGCUUCCCCGUGCCCUUCAUUCCCGUCAGCCAGGCCCAGGCGGCGGACUCGAGCCUUCUCUCAGCCGCAGAUGAAUCAACAGAUGUUGGUGAGGAGGACAGUUUUGUGGGUCAAACAUCUGCUUCUAUGAGCCAUCCACCAGCCUUCAACUAUUUUUCUCAGACAGCAACCAACAAUGAUCCUUUUGCAAAUAUUGGACACCAUCCCUGUACAACGGCAACACCACCUGCAAGGACAGUCGCAAGCUCAAAGGCUCCAGCUGAUGUACCUGUAGCUUCUUCGGCACAGUCUGUGCAGGAUUCCUUUGCAUUUCAGAGCCCAUCGUCUCAGGCUGGCUUCAAGACGCCUCCAGUCUCUCAGUAUGUCAGUACAACCUAUCAGAAUAAUCAGCCUGGAAUUUCCGCAUCCACAGCUUUCACUUCUGUCUCCUCGCCUCAGACCCAGCAGAAUUAUAAUCCUUAUCGCCAACUUUCCCAGAGCUAUCGAGCCAGUCCUCACCUUGCUGCUCACCAGCAUCAACAAAGCCCAUGCCAAGGUCAUCAACACAUGCCUCCAUUUCAGUCUGCCACACCAACUGAUCAUCUUUACCAGACACCUCCAGUUACUCCACCACAGGCACCUUUCGGGCAAAGUGUAUCAACGCUUCCUCCUCCUAAACCUAUAUCCUCAGCAUUACAACCUUUGCUGAGUCCUCCACAUAACUUCUAUGAGCCAAUACGACCCCACUGGUUCUACUGCAAGAUGGUAGAGGGAAAUCCAAUCUGGAUGCCAUUUAGUUUUCUGGACACUGCGAACCUUGAGGAAGUUUAUAACUCUGUACAACCAGACCCUGAAAACCUAGUUGUGUCAAGUGAUGGUGGUCGUUAUGACAUUCAUUUAUAUGACCGCAUGCGCAGUGCUGUGUACUGGGAAGAGGAGACAACUGAAGUGAGACGAUGCACGUGGUUUUACAAGGGGGAUUUGGACAGCAGGUUUAUUCCUUACUCUGAGGAUUUCAGUGAAAAAUUGGAGGGAGAAUAUAAAAAGGCUGUAACUACCAACCAGUGGCAUAAGAGACUCGAAUUUGCCAGUGGAGAAACCAUUGUAAUGCAUAAUCCAAAGGUAAUAGUUCAGUUCCAUGCUUCCGCACUGCCAGAUGAAUGGGGAACAACACAAGAUGGACAGACCAGGCCCAAAGUGGUCAAGCGUGGGAUAGAUGAUGAUCACGAUGUAAUUCCUGAAGGAGAGGUGCCACAAGUUAAUCAUCUGGUUUUCAUGGCACAUGGUAUUGGACCAGUCUGUGACUUGCGUUUCAGAAGCAUUGUUGAAUGUGUUGACGACUUCAGAAAUGUUUCUCUGAAACUACUGCACACACAUUUUAAAAAAGCAGUUGAUGAAAAUAAAAUCACGAGAGUUGAAUUUCUUCCAGUGCAUUGGCACAAUGCUCUUCAUGGAGAUGCUACAGGAGUAGACAGGCGUAUCAAGAAAAUCACAUUGCCAAGUAUAGGCCGCUUGCGUCACUUUACCAAUGAGACAUUACUGGACAUAUUCUUCUACAAUAGCCCUACAUACUGCCAGACAAUUGUGGAUAAAAUGGUUGCUGAAAUCAAUCGACUUUAUGCUCUCUUCUUGAGCCGAAAUCCUAAUUUCAAAGGAGGAAUCUCCCUUGCAGGACACAGCCUGGGUUCUCUGAUCCUUUUUGAUUUGUUGGCCAAUCAGACGGGUGGCUCUUUGGCUGGUGGUCCCACUCAAUCAGCUCCUAAUGGGACUGUGAAAGAUUCAACAAGCCCAGAAGAACCCCAGGACCAGAAUUGUCAUGAUGUUGAAGAUUUCGAUGAACUGAAGGAUGAACAAGAGGAUGAAUUACUGUCCUUAUCAGAAGCAUUGGAAUCACUCAGUCUCUCUGAGUACCUUGCCACUUUGGAAAAUGAAAAAAUAGACAUGGAAUCAUUACUCAUGUGUACGGUGGAUGACUUGAAGGAAAUGGGGAUCCCUCUUGGACCAAGAAAGAAAAUUACCAAUUUUGUAAAAGAGAAAGCAAAUGAACAGGCAAAGAAAAAAGCUGCAAUGGAGAAGAAGGCAGCACUAGAAGCCCUGAAGAAAACACAGCAAGAGGCAUCACAAAAGAGCAAGGAGGAAGCUGCAGAAAAGCAGGGCACGUUGAAGAGAGUACUAUCAUAUGGUAGAACCGCCAUUUCAUCUGUCAAAGUGCAUUACGACCAUUUUGAAGCUGGUGCUGGCCAGGUUUCUGUGGCUUAUCAUGGCUUAGAUUUUGAGCCAGACAACUUCUUUGCCUUGGGUUCUCCCGUCGGUAUGUUUCUCACAGUGCGUGGGCUGGAGAAAAUUGAUGAAAACUACAGACUACCAACCUGCAAGGGAUUUUUCAAUAUCUAUCAUCCAUUGGAUCCGGUUGCAUACAGGAUAGAGCCCAUGAUUCUCACCGAUUUGGAUAUAAAACCAGUCCUUGUACCACAUCACAAAGGCAGAAAGAGACUACACCUUGAGUUGAAAGAAAGUUUGUCCCGCAUGGGUUCCGAUUUAAAGCAAGGCUUCAUCAGCUCUCUGAAGAAUGCCUGGCAGACACUGAAUGAAUUUGCACGUGCCCAUACUUCUUCAACUCAGCUACAAGCUGAACUAGAGAAGGUAGCCAACCAAAUUAAAGAAGAGGAAGAAAAGCAUGUGGAGGAAGAGCAAAAGCUGGUGGAAAGUCCAGAAUCUUUGAAGGAUGAGGAUUCAGCCGUGAAGAUUGGAAUGCUGAAUGGUGGCUACCGCAUUGAUUAUGUUCUACAGGAGAAACCAAUUGAGAGCUUCAAUGAAUAUCUAUUUGCUCUACAGAGCCACCUAUGUUACUGGGAAUCAGAAGACACCGCUUUGUUGUUUCUUAAGGAGAUUUACAAAUCUAUGGGCAUCAGCCCUGAGCAGCCACAACAUUGAUGGCCAUGGGGCAAAACUGUAUUUAUCUUGGUAAUACUGGUCAUCCGAAAUGCCACCAGCUCUGUUGAACACAAUAUGAUUUUAGAUCCUCGAUUGAAAUCAGUAGUCAUAUCUUUUAUUCGGACAAUAGUAUUUAUGCAGCCUGCAUCUAUUCUACAAUAUAAAGCAACGGACUAUAGGCAAAUAUUUUCCUUUGAAAAUACAAUUUGAUUUCAUUCUCAUCAGUUCAGAAGAGUAUUGUGUUAAUGAGGGAAUGCAACUAUAUUUUGAGAAAGCUUCCAUUCUGAGUUGCUAUUCGUUAACCACCUGAAAUAACUUUUAAUGUUGUUUUCAGAAUACUUGCCUAUCUGGGUGGAACUGAUGAAACACAUAUUAUCCCCUCUAUUCCCUAAUAACUCAUUCCAUCCACUGUAGAGGUUGGCUCAUUCAAUCUGCAGUGACUUGCCUCAGACAAAUGAAUGAUUAGGAUUUACAAGGUGCACCUUGAAUAAGGCUGCACAUGCUCCUGCCAAAUGUAGUGCAUUUUUAAAACUAUAUUUGUGUUAACUUUGUGGAAUAUUUUAGUUUCUAUGAUAUAUUUUCAAAAUUACAGAGUAAAUAUUAUAAAUGUCCAAACUGAUUGCACCAUAUUAAUUCAAGCAGCACACUGCUCAUGUACCACACUGCUUGCCGUGCAAGAAUGAGAUUCUGUGCAAUGAAAUUAAUUUGAUUCUCGCCAAACUAUUAUUAAUACAUGUUGCUAUCUCUUUACCUUCCCUCCCCACCACUCCCACUAAACAUUCUCCUGGUUUGCACCCUUCUUUUCUAUUGCACCCCAAUAUGGUGGCUGGCAGUGCACUCUCUCACUGCAAAAUUGUAGCAACGUGUUAGUCUGACGAGUGAGUUCAUCCUCGCCAUCGGACUGCUCCAGCAGCAGUGAACCUCAGCUUGAUGUUCAGCAUCCAUCACAUCAAAAAAAAAACACAUCCUUCACAUUGGUGCUGAUGACGUUGGGCUCUUUUUUCCAUUUCAGAAAUGUUAUGUUAGACCAGAAACAAAACAGGCUACUGGUGGUAGAAAUGCAUCCAGUUAACAUUAAAUAAAAGAGCAUAUUUUCUAAUCAAUGCUAUGAAGAUAAUUGACAAAGUGUUGUUAUUUAUUGCACCCGGGCAGACAGAAUAUAUUAUUCUUAUUUAAUGAUUAAGCUUGUUUAACUUUAUUGCAUGGGGAAUAUAGACGAGCACAAAACAAAAUAAAUUCCAGAAACAUUGAGGAAAUGGUCAGCAACCCUCUUCUUCGUCCAGACUGACCAUCUCAAGUUUGUUGUUUUCUCUGCCUGUGCUGGUCACAUGCUGCUAGUGUAACAAAGCCUUGCAGAUACGUGUUCAGAUUGAAUGUAAUUUUUCCAUAUUUAUGGAGAGAAUUUGGCUUUGGACAAUCAGUCACACUGUUCUUGAUGUCUUCUGUUAGAUAGAAUUUCACUUUGUAGAAAAGCAAAAUACUGCAGAUGCUAGAAAUCUAAAAUUGACGUAGUAAUUUCUGGAUAUAGUCGGGUCAGAAAGCAUCAGUGCAGAGAAACACAUGCAAUCAAUGACUUUUCUUGCUGAACUUUGCAGAAAUUUCUAUAUUUUUCACUUUAUAUUUAUCUAUUACACAUUUGAAGUGCGGUUCUACAUGAGAAGGCAGACAACAGCCAAUUAUUUUUGACAUGUUCAUAUAUUUUCCUGCACAUUUCCUUCCCGUUUCUCUCCCCUUGGUUUAAGCCCAAAGCCAGGCAUCUGGAAAUUUGGUGUUGGGGUAUUCUGAAUAUAUCUCCAUUUAUCACCAUUUGCAAAUUUGGAGAAAAUGGUGAAUAAUGGCUUAUAAUUGUAGAUUUUUAAAAAAAUGGAAAAUGGGAGAAAUCAGCAAAGCCUUGCAAUCGGAUAAAUGGCCUUGUGGAGUUUCUUGCAACCUGCGCUGCUUGGCCACUUCUGGCUAAUUGUUGUUAUAACAUUAUUUAAAGCUAUCAUUCUGAUUUAUCUUAUACAUGUAUUAAAAAGUUGAAAUUUUAGCACGACGAUUGACACUCUUAAAAGUGAUUUGCUUAAUAGGACUUCAGUUUUAAUCAAAUUAGAUGUAAAUCCCCUCAAAGAUUUUCCAGUUUUAAAUUGGUGGAAAGUCACUAAGUAAAAUUACGAUCUGCUGUCAUUGUAACUAAAUAUUUGCUUAGCGUUUAUUAUUAAAUUGAUUAUAAUUAAUAAUUGCUCUCGUGAGUCAAUUAUUUUUUAUAACCUAGAAAAAUAAAUGUGAGCUGGAAGAAUAAAUGACAGCUUUCAUCAUAGUAACUGUGAUUCUAGUAACUGAGUUCAACCAAUAAUAGCUCAGGUUUCGAUUUUAAAGUUGUCUUUCUAUUGCAUUGCUGAAUUAUUUUACACAUUUAGUCUACAGUUAAUAAUUUUGCACAGAACUGCCAGCUCUGGAGCCAACUUCAACCAUUUAUACCAUAUUUCUACAUGUAAAUUCCACUACACUAGCGCUGCCAUCCUUUUCCAUGAGGUUUUUGAAAUAUUAAAAAGAGUACUCUUAGGCUUGCACGGAUAGUACUUUUUCUUUGUUGUGCUGUGUUGAUGUAUUUUCAGCCAACACAUUGAUAUUACUGCAGAUGAGGUGUUCUUUGUAUUUGUAAUAUCGUUACUGCAAUGCAAAAUCCUAUUGUUUCUGCUUUGCCUUUGGGCUUAGUUUUAAAUUUAAUGAUCCCAUUAAAGUCAGAGAUUUACAAAAUAUAAUCCCCUAGGUAUGUUUUGACCCAAAAAGUACUACACUUGGAUGUAAUCUUGAGUCCACUGUAAUUAUCUCAAUUGCUAGUUUUUGUGUGUGUGUGUGGGUGCGCGCGCGUGCGCACACACACACACACACACUUAAAAUUAUUCCCCUAAUAUUUCUUAUUAAUUUUUCUCAUUAUUACAUACCAAAUGGGCAAUCUAAUUGAUUGUUUUUAGAUUUAAGGAUCUCAUGCUCAUUAUUUCGAUAAAAUGGUUUUAGUUUAUCGUGAAAUUAAAUUAAAUUAACUUGAUUAUCUAAUGUAUUUUCUUUGAAAAAUUAUACUGCACAAUAUGACUAACGAAGAAAUGAAUUACAUGCCAUGAAUAUUGUGUUAGAGUGGACUUCAUGAGCACUUUCUUACCAACAACUUUGCACCAAACAAAAGUCAAUUUUGAAUAAACGGUUAUAGCACAUGAAUUGAAACCUGAACAAGGGUGUGUGGUUGCCUUGGCUUUUUUUUAAACAAUGUCUUGUAUUUGGAUGUGAGUGAUGAAGGAUUUUAAUGCCUAUCCAUUAUUUGCUUUGUAAGACAGGGGUGAGCAACCUUGUAGUGAGAAUACUUUUAGAAUGCUGCCGGAGUGGAGUUUAACAAUCAACAACAAAAAGGCAAUUAUACAGUAUCAUAUAACCUGAUGGAUUAUUCCUGGAUUGUAUAUCUUACUUAUCCCUGUUAUCAGAUCAUUUAUAAAUGUUCAGAUUUAGCUGCAUUCGGGCAUGGACUAUUUAAUCAUCUUGAGAAGUUGGGAACGGAACUAAAUUAUUUCCUCACUUAUAACCCUCCACUUGCUUCCAUAGUUGAUGCUGAGGUCUUCCAGGGUCAGCUUCCUUCUCCCUUUAUCACUGUGCUGUCACCCUGGGAUCUGUCAGUCGGAAUUAUGUUGGAGGGGUCAAGCCAUCGGCUGAAAGAUGUAAUUUUAUUACCACUUCACCCUGAUAAUUUAUUGGUCUCUUGGGCAACUCUCCAAUGGAUCCAUCUGACAUAUCAAAUUCAUGUUCCUAUAUGUGAAAUCAAUCGCAUGUGCAGGAUUGGAGACCAGCUAAGGAUAGCUGAUUCCUUUCCUUAAUGAUGUCACUGAUGCCAGAUAAUUUUUACAACAAUCCGGUAGUUUAAUGAUCACCAUUACAAAUGCUAAUUUUUUAACACCAAAUUUAUUGUUUAAACAAAAGCAUGGAGUAACUUCUGUUGACAACCUCUGGUGUAAUUUAUUGCUGUUAUACAAUAAACAUUAGUUCUCUCAUG